GAUGAAAGAACGCAAGCGAUCGUACAAAAUUAAUUAACAACAAGCAUUUCAGGCAUUCAAAAUUUGAUAGUCUUAUGAUGGGAACUAAGGGAACGCAGGUGACGGGUAAACCAAAGGCUGAGACGAAAUCUGGACCGUGUCCUUGGCUUUGUAACUUGGUGCCAUCGAAUGUUCCUGGGCCCGGAGCCGCUCAAGCUGUACUGCAUCCUAAAAAAGAUGUGUUCGUACUUAAAGUGGCGAAAGUGGGACCGAAUGGUGACCGUCGCGUGAAAAUGGAGUUAGAACUGGUGACACCAAAGGGACCUGAGAAGAAGCCCCUCUGCCGCAUCGACACGAGGGAAACACAGUGCGAGCCAGACCCUCCACCCUGCUGCUGUGUUAAACCUAAAAAGAAAAAGAAAUAGGGCAUAGACGGGCACCCCAGCUUAUCUCAAAAUAAUUGCCGUAGUCAUAACAAACAGCCAAUUAUAUUAAUGAAUUAUUUAA